UACACGCGAUAUUCGCAUUGUUACUUCGUUGUCACUGGUGGACGCCAGACACUCGACGGACAUUCACGGUAUUCACACGCCCUUUUUUCCAUGAUCAUUCGCAUUUUUCUGUUCGCACCCCUGCCUCAAGGGCACCAGUAUUCGCGUACUGCUCUGACCUUCCAUCGGAUUAACGUGUUUCUUUUAUAACAUACGCCAGAUAGGUUAUUCGGGAUGCGUGUCAGGUUGGGACUGCGUGGCGCGCUCUGCCUAUUGUAGGAUGCUAGCUGUCAAUCGGAUGUGACAGAUGACCGAACGUGUGCAUCAUAAUCUCGAUCCCGAUAUUCACAGUGGUUUUAUCUCGCCGAUAGUCGAUCGAUAUCGUUCCAAUACCGGCGAUUUUCCUUUCUUUUUCUUUCUCUAUUUGUUUAUAUUCGACGGUUUAUACUCGAGUAAAUGUAAGAGAUUCGACGCAAAGAGAAAGAGAGAGCGGGAGAGUGAGAGAGAAAGAAAGAGAAAGAGAGAGAGGAACGAAAGGAAAGUUCAAAGUUUUGUGUACGAGUAUACCGACAUUGGCUACCAGGAAAAAAUUGUUGCUAUGUUGUAGGUCGAAUGGUAGAUGCUUAGUCGCGUGCGAAUAAACAAGUCAAACAAACAGUCGUGUGUUGAUCGUGCGUGUACGCUCGUUAGGUUAGAAUAUGUUCCGCCAAAGUUCACGCUUUCGUGCAAUGGGAUAUCGUGUUCGAAUGUCAUGGUUGUCCGUUUUCACGGGCGCGUUAAUUCGAUCUUAGCUUCCGUUUCGUGAUAUAAUGUCCCAUUGAAUCAUUUUCUUUCCUCGUUACGCAUUUCUAUGCACCGAUGAAUAUUCGAAAGUAAACAGAAGCCUUCAUGCAGGAUAUAAUAUACGAGUAAUCCGCUAUGCUCGUUGACCUUGACGCGGCUGGUGAUUUUACGGCCAUUAGGCUCCGAUUUAACGUCGAUUAGCAUCGCGGUGAAGAUGCAGAGCUCGAAGAGGACGUUGCGCUCCAACGAGAUGGCCAUCCCAACCGGUGGCAUGUUGGACACCGAGCUGGAGCUGCAAUUCGCGCUUCAGUAUCCGCAUUUCCUCAAGAGGGACGGCAACAAGCUGCUGAUACAACUGCAGAGGAGAAAACGCUAUAAAAAUCGCACGAUGCUCGGGUACAAGACACUAGCCGAGGGAGUUAUCAAUAUGGCUCAGGUUCUCCAGAAGCAGAUGGAUCUGGAGCUGGAGCUAGUGUCUGACAAGGCGGAGAAGUACGGCGGUCACUCGGUUGUGUUAGCCCGCGUGAGCGUGGUCGCGCUCAGCUCACAGCCUGUUGACCAGGACAAAAGACUGAUGAACGACCCGAACGAGAGGCUCUGCCCCGAGUAUAGCGACGAGGAGGAGGAGUUUAGCUCAGAGGGCGAAGCGGAAGGCAGCGACAGCGAGCCAACUCUUGAGAUGGGACACAGACGAAAGAGCCGGGCGAAGAUUCCACCUAACGCCAGGCAAAGAAAUCUAAAGCAGAAGUUCAUAGCACUGCUGAAAAGACGGUUCAGGGUAUCCGAGGACCUCGAUCAAGACCAAGAGGAGAUCGGACAAAAGCUGUCAGACUCGUUAACUGGAUUUGUUAAAGGGGCAGAAAUGGAAAUCGAGGAACUGUUCGACGAACUGGAAAAUUUUUCAGACAGUGGCCCCGAAUUGGACACGAUGUCCGUCAGUAGCACGCCCAAGCCGUCUCUGCGCCCUUUCUUCAGUUCUAGUCGAUCUCUCCUCGCGCCUCCUCACUCCGUAGUAACCAACGAGGAGACCGGAAACACUGCUGCGACAGCCAUAGGUCAGCAGAGCGCAGGUCAGCCAGCUAAAGAGAAACAGCGUAUCGGACACACCACUCCAGAACGUGGCGUGGAUAGGCAAAGUGACGAUAGUUCCCGAAGAGCGGACAGCGACUCACACCCGGAGAAUUGGACGGAUCAUGAGGCGAACGAUCCGCCGAAUUACGUGACGGGCUCGCCGCCCAAAUCGGAGCAGCACAACAAGGCCGAGAACACCGACAAACGGAGCAGGCUUUUUACUCGCGACAGAGGCGUACCGGCCACUAAUAAGUCCAAAAAGCAUAGCCUCAGUGUGGACCUGAAGCCUCCUGCCGACUUGAAUAGCUCGGAGCCGAGGAAAGCGUUGGUCGAACAAUUAAGCCGGGUCUUACCGGAUGACAGCUUGCCGGACGCUGUGUCGUUGGUGUCGCUGGCUGAUCCUGGCGCGGCUGUGCUGGCCACGAGACUUCAAGAGAGGAACCACAGGGUCCUGACGACCGCUUCUCCGGCGGAUAUUCGUGCCACGUUCACGUGUUUGGUCACGCGAAUACAGAAAUUUUGUAACAGCUCCGCUAAGCCGCCGGCACCGAUUAAAGUAGUCAUUGCCGGUGGUGACGGUUUCGUGAACGCAGUGCUCCGCCACUACGUGGAUCAGCUAAGUUUUCGACCGCAGAAUUAUCUCAAGUUCUUCGUAGUGCCUCUGGGCUCCAAUACGUUGUCCAAAUAUCUCGGCUCCAUAGACGCCAAGUACUCGAUGUUGUUCGGUGACGAGUGGAAAGAAUUGUUGGAAAGGGAGGGCGGUGGCGCGAGCGAGGGUGCAGCCAGAGUUUCCGAGUAUUUGGCUUCGGCUGGUACAACCUUGCUACUGCCAAUUGCGGAAGCCAUGGUUACCUACAGGGAAACAGACGACAGCAGCCAAAUCUUCAUCCCAUUCAUAAACGACGUCCGCGUGGGCUGCCCGGACAGCAGCUCCUCCGCAUCGGUUGACCUCGAAGAGAGCAACGUGACCAUGUCUGGCUCUCCACCUUCUCUGCCACCCCCUGUAUUACCUGUUCCACUUCCUGGUAGGUUAACGCCACCAAGCAGCCCGAACGUCGGUCAACCAACAAGGGAAGGCUGGGAACCGGUCGAAUUACAACUCGAUUAUUGGAGCAAGCAAACACAGGGUGAAAAAGGCAAGAACACAUUGAGACAGGCGUUUAGGGCGUUACACGUUCAGAGACUUCCGCCUCUGGGUGAAACUCCUGGCCACUAUUUGUCCAUGAACUACACCACAAAGGAGAAGAAGCAAAAAAUAAUGAGACUGGGUAAGAAGAAAGAGAAAGAGAAGGAAAACGAGCCAAAGAGUCAAACGGUGGAGGGCGUGACACGACUUAUAUGCUCUGCGAAGACUCACAACAUUCCAUUAAGAGUGAGCAUCGACGGUACCGAGUGGUACGGCGUGAAAUUCUUCCAACUGUCGGCGCAGUGGCAGACGCACAUCAAGACGUUCCCGAUAGCGAUGUUGGAGUACAGCCCCCAGCAACAAGCAGCGAACCCCACGUAAACGCUUGCCUCGUUCCCGUCAGCGGCCAGACGUUUCGCCAGAUUUCGUUUGUGUUCAUGGAUAUUGCCAAUUAGAAACAACCGCUUAGCUUAUCGCGCAAAACCCGAAAGCCAUGAAACCCUCGGAACGUCGGGAAAUAGAGAAAAGAAAGGGAAGAAAUAGCAAGAUAGAGUGAAAGGUGUAAUGCGCGAUAGAGCGCUAGAGUUCGUACAGUGGACAGUCUGCUGCUUGAAACCGCAAGUCGUUGCAGCUUGUACAGGCUUCUACAGUGUUUGAGCGCUGCCUGUUCGUUUAAUUGGCCCACGGUAUUGCAUUACGCUCGGGUCGUUCGUUCGAUUACGUUUCGAGAAGCGGAAAGCAAACUUGGAAACUGUGCGAUCUGUUAACGUUUUUGCUGCCAACUGUCCCAAGGCAAAGAGAAGCCAGAAACACAGAGAAAGAAAGAGACGCGUCUCUUUACUGCGCAUGCGUCCAGUUCGCUAAGAGUAGGCGCGUAACUGAGACGUAUCGAAGAUCGGUAGACGCAUAACGCCAACACACAUAUCGUAUUACGAUUAAUAUAAGAUAACGACGAUGACGAUGGAUCUCGUUGGUUACGCGAAUGCCAUACAGCGAGAGAACAUGCGGUUACAUCGUUAGGAGCACGAUGUCCGCAGCAGAAGCGAAUUGCACGAAUAGGAUAUUCGAUUUUCCUAUCGGAAGUGACACAUGCGAUGGAUUACGAAGAAUUGUUCGGGAACCGGGUUCAGCAAUCCACCCCCACCCCUUCUCCUGCAUCCCCACUCCCUAGCCGUCGACGCGUGUACAUAUAGAAAUUUUUUUAAGGACGAGCAUAGGAAAAAUCGAUCGGUUUCGCCUGCGAGUCGAACUGAUACGCGUAUUUGCUAAGAUAGUUCUUCGUCUAAAUCGCAAGGUAGCGAAGCAAAGGUUAGCGUUAAAUUAUGUAUUUAUUUAAUUAACGUGUAUUCUAUAUACAUAUACAUAGGUAAAUAUAUAUGUGUGUAUAUAUACACACAUGUGAUAUAUAUAUAUAUAUACAUACGUGUGUGUGUGUAUAUACACACACAUGUGAUAUAUAUAUAUACGAUCGCAUAUAGCAAUGGAGCAUACAGCGACGUUAUCGAAAGAAGUCUGUGAUACAGGCAAAACAUUUCUCUUAGCGCACAAACCUGUUGUUUAGGAGAAGACGAUGUAGUUUCGCGAAUUUUCGGGAAGUUUUCCCCGGGGAGAGAGAGAGAAGAUAGACGAAAGGGAAGAGAAAGGAAGAGAAGAAUAAUAAGACGAUGAAUACGAUUAGGAUGAUUACGAAUUAGCUCAUUAGUUAUUAUAUACGUUAUACUCCUUUUCUCGUUUAAGAUUUCGACAUAUUUUUUGUAUUCCAUUUUAUAGACUUUUAGCCGCAGGCUGCUGUAGUUUAAAUACUCUAUUUUCAGAUUUGAUUAUUUGAUACUUGAUUCCUGCUAGACGACCUUCUCACCCUUCGACUUCAAUGUAACGUAUAGAGAGUAUACUCAUCCGCGUAUUAUUGUUUAGCCGGUAGAAAUAAAAGAAGAAAAAAAGAAAAAAGAAAAAGAAGGAGAGGGCGAGAGUGAGCAAGACUUAAUAGACGUAAAUUUGUCGGUAAAACAUAGGCGAAGGUAUUAGGGAAUAAAGAAAAAGGAAAAAGAAGAUAUCAAAUGACUACGUUCUCCUCAUACCAUCGAUCGAUAAUGAGAUUAUCGUGGUAAAAAGACAGAAUCGAAACGCGCUCGCGCGUUUUCUUCCUCCUUCCUAAUUACAUUUAUUGAUUAUUGAAUUUCACUUCAAAUCGCCGUUCAAAAUCAAUCGCCUGUCACGCGUUACAAGUCAAGUCCGUAAGUCCCUCUUGUCCCUCAGAAGAAGAAGAAGAAGAAGAAGAAAGAAACAGAGUCAUAUCACGACGAAACGAUACAGACUAACAUUUAAUAUUGUGGAUAAUAGAAGAAAAGAAGAAACGAGAUGAAUGCACACGUAUCAUAAUUUGCACGAGGAGAAAACGAGCACCGUUCGAACGAUAACUGCGUGCAGCAGUCACGUACUUUCCGAUUUCUUCGUUUUUUGAAUAUAGCUACGGAUAAGCAAGAGAAUAGACGAGAAAGAAAAAGGGGGAAAGAUUAGAAGGAACGACGCAGCAGCUUACUGCUCAGUGUUUCCAGCGAUAUGUACGUCGCGCUGACUGCCUAAUGCCAAAUUGAAAAAGAAGAAGAGAGAGAGAGAGAGACACGAGCAGAAAUAAAGAGAAGGAAAAAAACGGAUCGUCCAUCCGAUCAUUCGUUAAAUUCAGAGAAAAUACAUUUGAAACGCGAGCAUUCUAUCACUGUGCGUAAAACAGCGAAGAGGAAAUCGAUAAUAACGUCCUAUGGUACAUUGGCGAAUUUACGUUCGCCGGUGUAAAAUUACAGGCAAAAUCUUUACCCUAUGCCGGUACAUGUACACACACUAGCACACGACACACGCAUACCAUACGAUAGUACGUACUCUGUGUCCCGCCCCCCUGUUCUCUGCUAGUCUGCAAUUAGUUUGUAACGAGUAUCGAACUGUGCAAAUCGUAGUCCUACAUUUCACAUCCUUAAGCAGCUGAGAGCAAUAACCCAUUUUCUGCGAACUACCCCGCGAGAUACGUAGUUGACUUGAAUAGCAUCUCGAGGCAGUGGCAAGUUAUUGUCGAGCGACGCGUGUGUACGUGGCAACGUUCUGCUUUUUGACGCGCGAUGGCCUUCCACGAGGCUGUGCUAAGAGAGAAAAAAAAUAGAUGAUCGGGGCGAUAAGAGCGAUCGGAUAUUCACAUUCGAGAAAAUCGUGGAUGAGAUCGGACCUUCUGAUUAAUUGCCAAUUUCUGUUUUGAAAGUUUUUUAUCGUUCUAUUUUAUAUAUGUGUGUAUGUAAAUUUUAAUUCAUUUAAAAAAAUUCAGUUGCGAUAUCCCGCAGAAAAAGAAGUUUUAUUCGACACGUUACGCGAUCCUUUCUUACAAGAGUAACACGACUUAGACGAAACGCGUUGACGCGCGGCUUGUCCUUUAAGGUCCUCUCACAACAAUAAGCUGGAGAUGAACACGACGUUCGUUCCUAUUUUAAAAGUAUUGAUAUAUUUUUCUUACUAUCGCUGGAUUUAACAAAGUAAUAUUUUAUCGUAUCGAAGUAGACUCGUUGGCAGUUUUCGAAGAGCCGGUCGGUCGAUUCGAGUUGCGUUAGUUUGAAGAAAAAGGUGCGAGGGGAGGAAGGGCCGCGGUAGAUCAAUCAACGUUUACACGCGAUCCUCGGGAAAGACUUUCAAACCCGUGUCAGCUUUCAGUGGCGGGUGCACAUUAUCGCGAGAAAUAAGAACGCGGUUGAACGCGACAAGUAUAAAGUUUAAAGGAAAGAAACCGUGCCAGCAGGCCACGCGAACGAUGAAAAGCCAACAAAGAGACGUUGUUACGCGCACACGUACACGCGAUAUUAACUGCCUCGUUGUCAGCUUCAUUGAACGUAUGCUGAAUUGUUUUUCAGCGAUCGAACCUGCCAUAUGAUGUACAUAUAUAUAUUUCUAUAGGUACAUAUGCAUAUAAAUAUAUGUAUAUACAUAUGUAUAGAUACUAUGUGUGUGUGUAUAUAUAUAGGGUGACCCAUGAUUUUUCAGCAGCAUAUUCUACGAAUAGAAAUAAGAAGAAGUUUGAUAGGAAUGUAGACUCGUAAGCACUUGAGGAAGAAAUUCAACAAAAAAAGUACGAAAUAACGCGAGAUUGAUUUUUCGUUCGACACGAUGCCUGCCGACAACUAUGCGUAUUCGUUUACGAACGAUUGAUACUAAACUUACGAUGAGGAUGUUGUCAACAAUGGAUCACGAAGCUUUUAUUUUUACUCGAAGAAUAUAUUUGCGUCGUUUGAACGAAAAAACCUGAGACACCCUGUAUAUAUAUACUCGCACAGUUUAAACGAGGCGUUCGAAGACGUCGUUUCACAGUUUUGCACAAUGGCGUUUUGCUUUCCUGUCAGAAGACGCGUUCAACGAUGUCUCUCAUCGGUGUAAUUUCGACGAAACGCCAAAAAAGAAAA